AUGGGAACCCCUGAAUAUAUUGACUUUAACAGCUAUGCCCCACAAAUUGAGACCAUUGUUAAGGAAGCCUUUAAAUCAUGUGUAGCUCAUUCACAAAAGGCAUGCCAACGCGACUACAUUCCGGCCGUCGUGAUUGCAGUGCUGAUUUUUAACGCUCUUGUGUAUUUUGGCCACAGGCUAGGAAGAAACGUAAUAUACAAAAUGAGUGAUUAG